GAACACGCUGGAAUACUAUCAAGGACGCACGAGGAACGGGGUCAUGAAGGAGUCAUAUAUAGCGCACUACGUGUUGUGCUGAAAUCUGCACACAUUGCAGUCUGCAGAUUGUGUAAAAAGGAACAUAAAAGUCGGAUUUAAGAACAUUAUGCAUCUUAAAAAUGCAGCUUGCGGAUGCAAACGUUUUCAGGUCUGGUGUCAGUUUUGAUAGUGUUUGUGUGGCUGGGUGGAAACCAGGUCUCGCCCCUCCGACCCAUCUGCGACCUGAGGGUUCUGGACCACUUUGUUCAAGAAGCUCGAGAUUCUGAAAUCAUCAUGCGAGGUUGCAGAGGAGGCUGUGGAGUGAUGAAAUCCUACUUUGUUCCUCUGACUAGAGUAGACUUCGCUGUUUGGGAACAUAUAGACGUUCAGAGUCAGGCUGUGGAAGUCCAGACUGGACUGUCUCUGCUGGUUCAAGCCCUGAGUACAGCGAAGAAAACAGUGAGCAACUCUCCUCUGGCCAGCACUCUGGAUAACAACAUCAGCAACAUCCACAGCCUCGGCCAGAUCCUGCACAGUCUUGAUUUACAGCAGGCCAGGUCCACAGUUCUUCCAGAUGAUUCAGCUCCUGCCAGCUCACAGAUGCAGGAGGUCUCCUCUCUCCCAGAACUUCUGCAGGUGCAGAGCAGUUUCCUGCGAGGGAAAGUCAGACUCCUGCUUUCAGCUGCACCAGCCUGCCAACGGCAAAACAGCUGAUUCGGGCUCGGAGGAGCUCAGGAACUGUUUACAACAGUCAAGCACACACACACACAAACCCGGACAAAAACGCUUGAUUGUGACUCGUUCCUCAAUCUUAAAGAGCUUAUACUGUCCGGGUGUCGCUCUUUAAAUGAUCUAUUGCAUUCAAAAGCCUGCAGUCAUGUUUCUAGAGUAUGCAUCGUGUGCAGAGUGAAGCAAAACGGUAGUGACACCUUGACUUAUUCAACAAGGUGAACAUGGCAGAAGAACCUGCGGAGGAACAGAUCAGAGCCCACGAGUGGACUCGUUGCAGGACUCAUAGCGGUUUGGCGAACAGCUUGUCUGGAUGUAUAAGGCCACCUGGACUAUAGUACACAUGAGACACUUUUAUUUAAUUAUCUUUGUAUGUUCAGUUUUUCUACACAUCCAUGAAAUGUGCUGCUAUUUGUUUGUUUUUUUAGUAAGCAAUGUCACUUCUGGGUAUGCAUACUACAGGACACGUUCCUCUUUGUGAGAUGUGUACAUUUAACGGCAGGACCAAAGGUCUGUUUAGGGUUCAGCAGGGUUUGCCAUAUGGACACAACACUGCGAGGCUGCAUAAUGUGGUAUGAAGUAUGCUUCCACCUAGAGGACAAAAUAACAAGUUUAAAUGAAACUGUACAGUAAGUAUACAUAAAUAAAACAAGCAAAUAAAAUGGUUCAUAUUA